AUGAAUGGUUGCUCUAUGCAAGUACUUUUUGCGCUUGCUGGCUUCGAACUGUUCAGUAUUGUGACGCUUUUCUUCUUGUAUGCCUGUAAUGGAGCAUGGAGGAAUAGUGAAAGUAGAUGGAUAGCUGGACUGUCACAGAAGUAUCAGGUGGAAGAGAAUGUAGAACUUAUUGCAUUUAUUGUUCCGGUAUUAGUGGCUCAUGCAGUAUGCAACAUGAGCACAUGCCUUCUGCUACCAAUUGGUUUGCUAUUUUUUGAAACUAAAAUUCCUCCAACCAUCUAUUUUGACUUUAUUCCCUUCUACUAUGUAUUACUGCCAAUGCUACUCUAUUUCAAGAGCGAACGAAAUAGCCGUCGUGAAAAGAGAUGGGUUAAGAUUCAGAGCUGUGAAAACGAUCCGAGUGCGAUACACCAUCAGCAGCUUCAGAUGAUGUUCAAUUCGACAAAGAAGCAUUCAUUGACUAAAAUUAAAGUCCCUAAACGAGCAGUACUUGAAAAAGUACAGAGUGACCGUAUGCCGCAAAAAGAUAAUUGCAUAACCUACGCUUAA